AUGCCCACCUUUGCGCCUUCACCCGCAGAGCUCGCGCUCGUUAAUCAGAUAUUCACCCAGUUCGAUACCCAGAAAGUAGGUAUUCUCACUGGCGAUGUCGCCGUAAAGGUGUUCGAUGGCGCAAAGCUACCUCCAACCGUGCUCGGGGAAAUAUGGGGCAUAGCGGACGAUGAAAACAACGGCUUUUUGACGAAGAAGGGCGUAGCCGUCGCUGCUCGUCUCAUAGGAUGGGCGCAGAAAGGCGAAAAAGUUUCCAAAGCACUCAUCACUAAACCUGGCCCACUGGCUACCAUUCAAGGAAUUCAGACGUCGUUAGCUCCACAGAGCACUGGGAUGUCUUCGCCUAAAUCUCCUCCGCCUGGUCUUCCAAUAUUGACCCCACAAGAUAAAGCCAAAUUUAACAGAAUAUUCCAAAGUUCUGGCCCGGUCAAUGGCCUUUUGAGUGGCGACAAAGCCCGCGACGUGUUCGUCAAAUCCAACUUACAUGUGGACAAGUUGUCCCAAAUAUGGGGCCUCGCUGAUACUCAGGAUCGUGGCUCGCUUGAUGUCACCGACUUCACUAUUGCAAUGUACCUAAUUCAAGCUUCUAUGUCAGGCCAGCUAUCUUUUGUCCCAAGCUCGCUUCCACCUGGACUGUAUGAACAAGCUGGUGGAAGGGCUUCGAAUGGUGUGGCAUCUCAUGCAACAGGUGGCAGUGGAUCCUUCCAUAGCCCUGUUUCCAGCGCGUUUUCGCAUGUUUCAAGGCAUGCUACAGGUCAGAUCCAACCGCUGCAGGCACAAUCUACCGGCCAAGCAAACCUUUCAGGGUUUGCUCCUACUGUUCCAGCGAGACGACCCGUUGGGCAUGGUCCUGGUCCUACUAUACCAGCCUUCCCGUCGGUCCAAACUCAGAGCGCUGUCCAGUGGGACGUUACGCCAUCUGAGAAAGCUAGCUCAGAUAGGUUCUUUGACACUUUGGACACUACGAAAAGAGGAUACAUUGAAGGCGACGUUGCUGUUCCUUUCAUGCUCCAGUCGAAGCUGCCUGAAGACAUUUUAGCACAAGUCUGGGACCUCGCGGAUAUCAACAACGAUGGCCGUCUCACUCGUGAUGGUUUUGCAGUAGCCAUGCAUCUUAUUCAAGGGAAGCUUGCAGGAAAAGAAGUCCCCAACGUACUUCCUCCGACGCUAGUGCCCCCGUCUAUGCGUUUAAACGGUACACCAUUUGCUGCUCCCCCAAAGCCUCAGGAACCACUGAGAGACCUGUUAUGGGACGACUCACCUCCGACAUCUGCUGUAAAUACAACUUCACAAAACGACUUACAGUCCCAGCUAUCAGGAAACCACGCUCCUUUCAAUACCAUGCCGACUUCACCUCGACACCCACAACCGACUCGAUCUCUGGAUCCAUUUGAGGAUCUGCUUGGAGAUGAUGAGGACACCAGUACAACAACACAGCUGCAUGACAAAUCGGCCGAAAUUGGCAACGUCCAAAACCAGUUCAGUUCGACCAACCGCUCACUGCAAACAGCUAAAGCUGAGCGCGAAACCUUGGAAAGCACACUUGCUAAUCAAGCUGCACAACUUUCCGCUCUACAAACUCAGCUUGCAUCAGCUAAAGCAGCGUAUGAUACUGAAACUACAUUAUUGGGUUCUCUUCGUGAGCGGUUCAACACUCAAACUGCAGACAUGCAGAGGGUACGGGAGGAGCUCAUUCGAGCUGAGAGUGAUCUCAGUGCCAUACGCGAAGAGAAAUCGGAAAUCGAAGGAUCUGUCCUUCGUGACAAGGAAGAAGUACGGGACUUGAACCGCUCUAUGAUUGAAGCAGGGACGCAGAUCGAAGGCCUCAAGGCUGAAAUAGAGAAAGCGAAAAAAGACGCCAAGCAGCAAAAGGGCUUGUUGGCGAUUGCCAAGAAACAGCUUGCCACCAAGGAAGCGGAGAGGCUUAAAGUGGAGAAAGAACUUCAGGACGCACGAGACGAUUUGACGACCACUACGAAAGAAAGGGAGGAAUCAGAAAUUGGGCUGCAGAGGAUGGCUUCAAUACCGUCCAUCGUCCCUGAGAGAGCCAAGUCUCCAGUCGACUCUUUGCGUUUUGCCGCUGCUCAGCCUCUACCUGUUACACCCGAUGUCACUGGCCCAAUGAGCCCCGCCUCGGGGCGAAGCAACAACCCGUUCGACAGAUUGGCCAUGUCUUCAGGAUCGUCUACUCCUAAUCCCCAAGCGCAGUCUCCUUUCCUUCCCUUCACCAACUCAACGAUGCCCACGCCCCCUGGACUCUCGGCUGUGCCAGUUUCUCAACCAACUCAGGAUGAUCCAUUCGGUUUUUCGGAAGCAUUUGACACAGAAGACGAGACCGAGAGGAAGUCAGAACUCGAUACAGUCGAUUUUGAGGCUGCGACUCCUCGUCCGGCUGAUUCGAUACCCCAUGGAAUUUACAGUGAUGUUGUAGCCUCACCUACCAGUGAUAGCGAUUUCUUUACCACGCCGCCUACUACCGCAGAUAAUCACCAGCCCGAGGGAGAUAUAUCCCACAUAUCUUCUAUUGAUAGCGCUGCGGUGCACUUCCCAGCCAUCGACGAAAUCACGAGUGAUGUUCCGGGGAAUGUUGGAGAGGAACGUCAGACUGGAGAGACUGACCUUGGGCCUUCAAUCCAAGAGCUUGAUGUUGAUGAAACAGACAGCGAUAGCGAUAGCGACAGUGAUGAAGAUGAGGAUAAUCGUCCUUUAGGUGUAAUCAAAGCUGAGGAAUCUCAGAAGGCUAGCGAAGCGAUCGUGGAUUCAUCUCUUUCGAGUGUGCCAAGUGGUAUUUCCUUCGAUGACGCCUUUGGCGAUCCAAGUAUCUCGGCUGUGCCAACCUCCGCUCCAACCGCAGAUGCCGUUCCCCCAUUCCAUAAUGGUUCAUCAGCCCCUGCUGCUGAAUUAGACGCAUUUGGUGCUCCAGUGAACAAAUUGCCAAGCCCAUUUGAAGUGCCAGCCAACGGCGCCUCGAUCUCUUCCGACGUACCGACAAGUGCGCCGAGCGACUUCACGUUGGCUUCCAGCACUAGCGGAUUGAACGCUUUUGACGAAGCUAUGGGCAAAAUAUCUUCUGGUGACGAAUCCGGUCAGGAUGCUUCUAAUUUCCCAUUCACGGCUCAGUUCGAGGAUAACUUCGACUUUGCAUCUGCAUCUGCUACCACUUCAAACUUCCCGCCGCCACCUUCGGCUACAAAUGGAGCUCCCGCUUCUUUCCUCAAACCUAUCGUCCCUGGCAAGGAAACUUCCCCUUCCUUUGCGCAACCUACAAGCAAUGCAGUAUCAGCGGCACCUCCUGCGCAAAAUUCCAACCUACCCGCUUUUGAUAAUGCCUUCUCUAAUGGUUUGUGGAACAGUCAGGUUCCUGCUACGUCCCAACCUGAGAAAAACGCGGCUGAGAAUGCACCUGUACAGUCUGAUGUAGGGGGUAUCUCAUUUGACGAGGUCUUUGGGGGGUUUGAUGCUUCCCAGUCGCUGAAGCUGGAUAACUCGUUCUCAUCCAGGUCUUCUAACAUAUUCACCUCGGCACCGUCCCAUGCGCCCUCUGAACCAGUCAAACCAUUCCCAACCGUGUCGCCGCCGACGUCUCCUAGAGGCCCCACUUCUCCACGAGUUACUUCGAUACGCUCGAGUUCGCCUAUACCUCGAUCUGGGUCGCCUCCUCCCCGCGUCUCUUCCCCUAAGCAGCGACCUUCAACGUCUUCCUCUAACAAAGAAGUCGUCCAGGAAAAGCCAGUUCCACCCCCUCGACACUCGAAACUUAGCAUUCGCCUUCCGUUCGGGAAGAAAAAGAAACAGGACUCGGUUCCUGCCCCUGUCCCUGCCCCUCCUAUUCCAUCAGCACAGCGCCCUAUGCAGCACCUCGCACUCGUAGAGGAGCCAACGGGGACUGUGACGCCCGCAGUCGAAGAUGAUGUUGAACCCGUGAAACAACUUUCCGCAAUGGGCUUCAGUCGAAACCAAACCGUCGCCGCUCUCGAAGCACACGGCUACGACGUGCAGAGAGCGCUGAAUAGCUUGCUUGGUGCGCCUUAAAUGGUGUACGGGUAUCGUAACCUUUUCUUGUCGUUCUCUAUCUCUUAAUCUUCCUUUUUGAUACUGUCACUCUGAUUCCCUAACUGACCGUGGACACGGCGGAGCCUCCUGGUACACACUCAUUCUACUAUUCUCUAUUACGAAAGUCCUUCUAUGCAGUUAUAAUUCCGAUCUACUGUAAACCUGUGACUGGGUACAUCAGACUCGCCUGGUUGAAUUCACAGCACCUUUAUGCAAUUCCUGAAAAUUGUGUCUGGUGUCGCAUAGACCACGUAAGUAUGGAUGCGUAGAUUCGGUAAG